GACGAGGACCACCCAACACCUUUCGGAGCUAAGCGCGGAGUAAACCGCGCCCGGCUUCCCUGCCCUCUCGGGAUUUCGCGCCUUUUCGAUAAUUGCCUCUCGGUUGCCAAGCCAACGCGCGGGGCUGGGCUUCGACCUGCUCGAGCUGCUGCUGCAGCCGCCACUUCCCCUCCGGAUGCGUCCUCGCCCGCCCCCUACCCUCCGGGCGCGCUGCCUCGCAGCUCAUCCUCCUCCGCGCGAGGGACGUUUCCCCCCAGCGCCUCGCCUCCGUGCACAAUGACCAGCGGCCAGGAGUGCGGGCAGGUGCAGGCCAGUGAAUCUGAAGUUUCAGCUUUGGAUGAUAAAGAUAGUAGCAGUUCUAAAGAUGAAGAUUCUGCUCAGGAAAACAAUUUGGGUAACGACAGUUCCCAAAGCGACUCGGAAAGCAGCUCUGAAAGCAAAUCUGAUACAGAUGAGGCAGAUCUAAAUGAACCAAAUGAGGAACUGAAAAUGAAAGAAGAACCGCCAUUGCAUUGUGUUGAAUCAGAGGUUAAUACCCAUCGACACUGUGAACGCUGCAAGAUCCCACAAAACCAGCAUGAACAAGUAGCUCCCAGAAAGCUUUCUAGAGGACGAUUCUGGUUGAAGUUGGACGACGAAGGAAUUUAUCAGUGUACAAUCACAGGGUUGAUCUUCGAAGUAACCAAAGCCGCAGUCAUUGAGUAUUCCCUUUUGUCUUGGACCAAGUACGCUGCUUACCUUAAAGAUCCCUGGAUUGUCGUGGGCCCCAUAUUUGACGUCAAGUGCAAAUCACCUUCUGUUCUUACUUCCAUUCAGUUUCCACACGCCCUCUGCCUGAAUGACCAUUCCUCUGACAUGACCUUCAACGUGUUCCAUUUCAAAAGCAACGGCCCAGAAUUUGAGCGUUCUGCUGAUCACUCAACCACACAUGUCAAAUGGCGUGUGAGCUCCUUGUCCCCUGUUGGCCCAGUUAUUGAGAAAUACGAUCCAGUGUGUUACCACGGGGUUGUUAUUUUAUACAAAGUUGUCAACGACCACCCUUCCUUGAAAUUCCAUGUGUAUGUAGCCGGCAACAACAGCUCGUUUAUAAAGGAUGUGUCAAAAACCAUACAGCGCUCUUCCAAUAGAUUCAUUAAAAUCGAGAAACCCCCUUGUCAUAAAUUACUCCAAGUUGGGAAGAAAUACAAAUUAACUAGUGUCCCAGAAGCUGACAUAAACCCUGAGGAAAUGGAGUUUGUUGAUGACUCUACACUAGCACAGAAACAUUUCUUUGAGGUAUAUUUAGAACAUCCAACAGAACUUGUGUUAUCUUUGAUGGAUGUGGAGUCAGAAGAAACUGUGUGGAAAGCAAAGCUACGAGAAUGUGACUGGAUCCUACAUAACCAGAAUAACAAUAAGCAGAAAAGAUCCACUAACAGCACGAGACGACGGAAAUCCAGCACCAGUCUUUCAGAAGAUGAGCUUUGUAACAAACGGCUAAAAGCCAUCAACGCUUCAGAUGGAACGAAAGCUUCAGCAGUACUAACUGAUCAGCAGCUGAUGAUUCUUGCAAAGAAGAUGGGUAAAAACUGGAAAGUAAUUGGCAUUGAAUGCCUGAGCUUGUCCAUCGAAGACAUCCAGCAGAUUGAGGCAAAGGAAGAAGAUGUUAAUAUGUAUAAAUGCAUGAUGUUGCGGAAAUGGAGGGAUUCGGAACAGAAUAAUGGAACUGCCCGCAGUUUAUAUGACUGUCUUAAUGGCCAGGCAUCCCAUGAUGUGCUAGAAAUUCUGACAGGUUUUUUAAGAGCAGAUGCAAAGUCAUGAGGAAACAGCUUGAAAAAGAAGAAACAUCAGGAAUGUUCUUCCAUGUACAUUUUCCAAAAAA